ACUCAGUCGAAGAAGAAGAAAGAGGAAAGAGUUUAACUUUAAUGUUAGCUACAAAGUUCUUUACAACUAAAAUCUUUGACACGUUUGCCAAGUUCUGUCUCGCGGCGAUAAAAGCAAGGUUAAUUAGCCACACGGUAUACGGUUAUCUGACAACACAUUAAGAUAGCGAUGAGAGGUCGAUAUGUGCCCUUCCCUGCCCCUCCAGAUUCCUGCCCAGCCACAUUCCAUUUAAUGUGAAGGGGAACUGAGGAGACAAAAACAGUAGGGAAUGAUCUGGAGCAUUGAGAGGUUGUGGCGGCCUCAUCAGUAGCUGUCACCACGGCGGGGGACCUUCGGACCUCCGUCUGCAGGGUGGUCAUCUACCUCCAAAGGGACAUGUCUGGGGACAGCUGCCUGCCCCAACAUCACAUCCAGUCCGACUGCACCUCCCCGCCCCCUCCUCUUGCCUGUCCUAAGACCAAGACCUGCAGUUAUCAGGGAGCGGUGGGCCUGGGCAACAAGUAUGUCCGACUCAAUGUCGGUGGGAACCUGUUUUACACCACACUGCAAGUGCUGACCAGGCAGAACUCCAUGCUGAAAGCCAUGUUCAGCGGAAAGAAAGAAGUGUUCACGGACAAAGAAGGUUGGAUCCUGAUCGACCGCAGUGGGAAACACUUUGGCAGCAUCUUGUGCUACCUGCGUGAUGGCACAGUCACCUUACCUAAAGGUCGUCAGGCUGUCCAGGAGCUGAUGGCUGAGGCCAAGUAUUACCUCAUCCAGGGCCUGGUGGAACUUUGUCAAAACACCCUGCAGGGCAAUAAAGAGCAACCCCUGUGUGUUAUACCUGUGGUCACCUCCAGUAAGGAAGAGGAGAGACUCAUCCAGUCUUCUGUCAAGCCUGUGGUGAAGCUGGUGUACAACAGAAGCAACAACAAGUACUCCUACACCAGCAACUCAGACGACAACCUGUUGAAGAACAUCGAGCUGUUCGACAGGCUGUCUCUCAGCUUCAACGGGCGUGUCCUCUUCAUCAAAGACGUGAUCGGGGACGAGAUCUGCUGCUGGUCCUUCUACGGUCAGGGUCGCAAGCUGGCCGAGGUCUGCUGCACCUCCAUUGUCUACGCCACGGAGAAGAAGCAGACCAAGGUGGAGUUUCCUGAAGCUCGUAUCUAUGAGGAGACCCUGAACACCCUGCUUUACGAGACGAUGCCGCUGCCUGACAACACGCUGCUGGAGGCCACGCGACGGAGCUACACCAACUGCGGCUCUCACAGCGAGGAAGAGGAGGGGCCCGGGGGAACUGAGCUUCGCGAGCGUGUCCGUCGAAUUCACGUGAAGAGGUACAGCACGUACGACGACCGGCAGAUGGGACACUGAGACUGAAACCGCUGGACAGAUUUCACAGCUUUCACAUUGAUGAUGAACAUUCAAACAUGAAAUCUGGUGAUGCUCAUACAUUUCUCUUCUGAAUUGUUUCACUAUCUUACUUUCUUUACCACUAUCAAGAAGUCCAAAUUGCAGCCUGGAUGUAAUUGCAUCUGACUUUUUACUCUAAACAGCUGUGAUGUUGUCCAUCAUAAUUUAUGAGUUAUUAUCAGAGGAUUCAGAGCAACUAUUUCAAAUAUCCAGAGUAAUGUAGAUUUUUAUUAAAUGUAGAUUAGUAGUGGAGGAAAAAUCACUAAUAUGCACUAUUUCUUAGAAGAAAUAAUGUUACAAUCAUAGCACUUAAUCUCCAAAUCAGCAGGAGAGCAUGUUUCAUAUUUAUAGAUUGUAUUUUACAUAUUCACAUAUACAACAGCCUGUUGUUUGCCAAAGAUGAACCUGUUUUAGUUUUUCCAGAACAAGUGUGCCUCUAACAUGUUUUAAUGCAGUUUACCAUAAUGCCUUUUUUUCCAGUCGUGAAGAUAAAAGUUCUUGUUAUUCAA